GCCCUGCGUGCCCAGACAAGGUUGUGGUUUGAGCAGACACAAGCCAGGACGUUGGAGGUUGAGGGCGAGCUCCCAACCUGGUUCCAUGGCUUCAUCAGCCGGAGGGAGACGGAGCAGCUGCUGCAGGGUCAGCCCCUGGGUUGUUUCCUGGUCCGCUUCAGCGAGAGCACCGUCGGCUUCGUCCUGUCCUACAGGGGCAGGGAUCGCUGCCGGCACUUCGUCCUGGACCAGUUGCGGGACGGGCGGUACGUGAUCCUGGGGGAGCGGAGUGCCCACGCCGAGCUGGCCGACCUGCUGUGGCAUUACGCCACCGCCCCCGUCACGCCGUACCACGAGUUCCUGACGGUGCCGUGCAGACGGGAAGAUGAGCCCCGAGGAGGGACGCAGACCCCCGCCGGCAGCGAUGCCGCGCGUUCCCCAUCGAGCGAAGCCCCAGCAAACUUCCCGGCGUACGGCGUCGUGUUCAGGGCAUCCCCAGGAGCCAGACAGGCAGCCACAGCCCCCGUGCUGCCGGCAGAGCCCAGCGCCGAGGGAGGCUCAUCCAGGGAGCCUCCCAGAGUCUCCCCACUGCUCCCAGCCAAGGCCAGCUCCUUGGCCGCGGCACAGGAGCCGCACAGCCCCCUCGGCGGCGGAGCAGCUCCCGAAGUUCCCUACGCUCAGGUGCACAACAAAGUUGUCCCCGCCGAACCGCCCGAUGCCAAGUACCAGCAGCUCAUGCGCUUCCACACUUACGCCGAGCCCCACGAGUGCAUCGCACCCAGCCCCUCCGCCUACCACGAGCUGGAAGAGCCCAUCCCCUUCUACGCCAUGGGACGGGGCUCAAGCCCCAACACCGAGGAGAACAUCUACUCCGAGGUGGCACUGGCACGGCAGGAUCUGCCCGCUCCGCUCCCCAGAAGUCAAGGUGCCUUCUCCACGCUUCCCCCCAAAUCCCGCGCUCACCGCCGGCUCUUCCGCAGCAUGUCCAGCCAGGCCUCCAAGAGGCGGCAGCUCCCGGUAGCGCCCACCGCAGAGGGGAAGGAGAGAGGAACCUCCAGGCCGGCCGCGGAGGUGCGUUCCCUGUAG